CCUCCCUUCUUUCCCCCUCUCUUCAGCAGCGCUUCCGACUUGCUCCCGCAUCUGACGACAGACAACAAGCAACAGGAAAGAUAUGGCAUCAUUCCGCGCGGCGUGGAAGGUCGACCCCUCCAGCUCCUCGCUGGCGUCUUCCAAGGACCUCAAGCUCGACAAGCAAGGCAUUAUCGUCGAGAACAUCGAGAAAGACGACCGUCACCUUCCCUCGCUCAUUGAUGCAAUCGACCGGGUGCAGCAAAAGGUCAACGACGACCUCACGGCUUGGAAAGAUGCAUUGGGGAACGAGCAGGUGGACGGCGAUAGAAAAGCAAAGAACGGAGGAAAGCAAGGGCAGGAGGAGGAAGACGACGACGACGUUGAAGAAGACGAUGACGAUGACGAAGACGAGGUGCAGCAAGCGCACGACAGCAAAAGUACAAGCCAGUGAUCGGCUCAACUCGAGACGUCGACAAGGAGGCAGGCUGGGUGACAAAAUUGUGACAAACUUAGAAGGCCGUGCGCGGCUAGUCCUGGACAUCUUCCCCCCCGGUCACCGAGCCAUAAAAAAAGCCGGACAAAAAGAGUCCCGUCCUCCUUUGCUUUUCGCUGCCGCCCAAUGUCGCUUCCACUGCACGCCCAGCCGCCAAAGGGUGUGCCCGAGGCGCUUCCGCCAUGGACACUGGACGCCGAGACGUGGAUAUUUCCCAACUGGAGCACCUCGGCCCGCAUCCAGUCAUUCCAAGACACGGCCGGUCUUGAGCCGGGCUCGAUCCACCCGCUCGAAGAUGCCUCAUCAUGGCUUGCCCUCGAUCGCUUCCUUGGAGGCGCUGGUGGUUGGCUGCUGUACCGGUACGCGUCAAGCCCAGCAGGACCCUAUGACGAGCUCAUCUAUGUCGCUGGCAUGUUCGACUCGCCCCGGACCAAGACGCGUGGGCUACGCAUCACAAACAUCUACGUCUCGACGGAUGCCAGCGUCUGGAACGGGCGCCGCAACUGGAAUAUCCCCAAGCAUCGCGCAGACUUCAAGUGGUCCCACCCAAUGCGAGCGACGCGUUUUCAGACUCAGACCGUCAGCGUGUCGCAUCCCUCGACGUCGCCACUCGCUUCCUCCUCCUCCUCUUCAGCAGCAGACGGAGAGGCGCCCUUCUUCAGUGCACGACUGCAGCAGUCCUCCUGGCUGCCCUACUUUCCCCUCAACACCAAUCUCCCCUUUCUUCCUUCGAUUCCCCUCUACCAGCCACCGCUUCGUCGAGGCAAGCGGUACCCUGAGCGCGACACGGCCGCCAUCGAGUCGCAGCCCGACAACUUGUACCGCUCGACGUGCCCAACGUUUGAGCACGGCAAAGUGACGCUUGCCUACUGCAAGCCCAUCGGGUCCGACAAACACUAUGGUGAUGGAACGUCAUUUCCCAAGGCGGAGCAUACGCUUGGUGUGGGCAUCUACUGUCCCACGGUGCAGGUGCAGUUUCCCCUGCCGAGGGAGCACCCCAUUCUCAAGACGUGAUUGUUCAUCUCUUGUUCACACAAGUAGUAUUAUUGAGCAAUGGAUAUACAGUAUGUG